AUGUCCCGCUCAUUUAGUCUAGUAUUCUGGCUUUGGCCCUUUGUGGUCUACCUUUUCUCAGUCCAGGCUAGGUUUCUACAGUCCAAACCAGAUUUAUCUAUCCGCGAAAGUAACACGACACUACAGACUCUUGUAACAUGGGAUUCACACUCGAUCUUUGUCCGUGGGGAACGAGUAGUCUUUCUUUCGGGAGAGGUCCACCCAUUCCGCUUGCCAUCUCCGGGUUUAUGGCUCGAUGUUUUCCAGAAGAUCCGUGCCAUGGGAUUCACAGGUGUCUCUUUUUAUGUUAUGUGGGGUCUCCUUGAAGGUGAGCCUGGCCAAGUUCGGGCUGAUGGUGUGUUUGCGCUCCAAGAGUUUUUUAAGGCGGCAUCUCAGGCAGGUAUCUACCUGUUGGCGAGACCUGGCCCGUACAUCAAUGCUGAAGUAUCCGGGGGUGGCAUUCCGGGCUGGAUCGCGCGGCUUCAGGGGUUGAUUCGGUCGAGUGCGCCGGACUUUGAAAACGCAGCAAAAAUUUACCUCUCUACUAUUGGCAGCAUUAUUAGUGAAGCUCAAAUAACUAACGGUGGGCCUGUCAUACUGGUCCAACCGGAAAAUGAAUAUUCUUACUGUGCUCAUUAUACCUUGCCGACCGAUAUUACUGCCUGCCUAGAUAAACAGUAUAUGGCCUGGGUCGAGACAGAACUUCGAGAUGCCGGUAUUGUCGUCCCAUUCCUUAGCAACGAUGCUAUACCUUUUGGGAACUUUGCGCCUGGGUCAGGUGUCGGCGCCGUCGAUAUAUACGGCAUGGAUGGUUACCCUUUCCAGUGGGGCAGCAGCUGUUCGAACCCUUCAAACUGGGACCGUGAUGAGAAUUCCCUAUUCCUUUUUAAUUAUACUACGCAUCUACAAUUCAGCAAGAAAACGCCGUUCGCGGUAACUGAGUUUCAAGGAGGCGCACCCGAUCCAUGGGGCGGUGCCGGCAUUGAAAAAUGUGCUUCGAUGGUGAAUAAUGAAUUUUCGCGAGUCUUUAAUAAAGCACUUUAUAGCAUGGGUGUUACUAUGCUGAAUAUCUACAUGGUCUUUGGCGGAACUAACUGGGGAAACCUCGGUCAUCCAGGCGGAUAUACUUCAUAUGAUGUUGGCGCAGCCAUAAAGGAGGAUCGCCAAAUCACACGUGAGAAAUACAGCGAAUUGAAACUUCAAGGUCACUUUCUACAAGCCUCCCCGUCUUAUUUAACGUCGACUCCGGAGGGUGGGAGCAUCGAAGUUUACAUUAACACAAGCAGCCUAGCACUUACCAGGCUUCAAGGGUCACUUACGAGAUACUACAUUGUUCGUCAUGCUGAUUAUGCAUCGCUCGAAUCCGUAAAAUAUACCAUGAAGAUAACAACCAGCCUCGGAAAUAUAACCAUUCCCCAGCUUGGAGGCGCCUUAAGUCUUCACGGAAGAGACUCGAAGAUCAUGGUAUCUGAUUAUCCUGUUGGAGCUUUCAACCUUGUGUAUUCCUCAGCAGAAAUACUCGGAUGGAGAAGGUACAAAUCAAGAACAGUCUUGCUUUUGUAUGGAGGCGUUGGUGAGACCCACGAAUUCUCCAUUCCACGUAGCUACGGCUGCCCAACGGAAAGUGAGGUAGAAGCUGGUAACUUCACUUGUCAGCUUAUCGAUGACCUUGCUAUUGUACAAUGGGAUGUGCAAGUGGCCCGUCAAAUAUUGUUCUUCGGUUUAGGUUUAGAAGUUGAGCUCCUUUGGAGAAACGAAGCAUACAACUACUGGAUACUAGACCUCCCGACGUCGGAUCUAGCAGGCAACUAUGUCUCUGCUGCCAGAAUAAACGAAACGGAUUCUUCGGUCAUUAUUAGAGGCGGUUACCUGAUGCGUACUGCUUCAAUCGAUGGUGACUCAUUAUAUCUAGUAGGAGACGUAAAUGCAACCACAGAUAUCGAGGUUGUAGCCGCUCCCAUCACCCCAAAGAAACUCUUCUUCAACAGUAAAGAAGUUAUAAUCACUAAGUCAACCGAUAUCCGAGUAGCAGGGACUAUCAUCUACGAGCCACCUAACAUCGACAUCGCGGAUUUAUCGCGCUUAAAGUGGAGUUACAUUGACUCCUUACCAGAGAUUUUAACAACCUACGACGACAGUAACUGGACUCAAUGUACGCUUACAUCCACAAAUAACACGCGUAACCUUACAACUCCCAUUUCUCUAUAUGCGAGUGAUUAUGGCUACCACAGCGGGUCUCUUCUAUAUCGCGGCCAUUUCACUGCGACAAGUCAAGAGUCAGCGUUCUUCCUCGAGGCACAAGGCGGCGACGGGUUCGGCUAUUCGGUCUGGCUCGACUCAACGUAUCUGGGAUCCUGGUCGGGAAGCACCCCUUCUGUAUCCCACAAUCAAACUCUCCCGUUUCCUUCUCGCUUACAAACUGGAACCCCCCACGUCCUCACCGUUUUGAUUGAUCACAUGGGACUACAUAUGAAUUUUGAAGCAGAUAGCCAAAACAUGCGCGAACCCAGGGGAAUACUUAGCUAUAAGAUAACCGGACAGUCAAACUCGUCAGCUAUUUCCUGGAAAAUGACCGGCAACUUUGGUGGCGAACACUACGUUGACUAUAGUCGAGGACCGCUAAACGAAGGCGGAAUUUGGGCUGAGAGAAAAGGGUACCACCUUCCUGGGGCGCCAACAGACACUUGGGUAAAGCGCACUCCUAGCCAAGGCCUAACAUCUCCCGGUGUCGGUUUCUUUUCCACCAAAUUCAAUCUUUCUAUUCCGAAAGGGUUUGAUGUCCCCAUUAGCUUGACAUUUGGAAACAGCAGUACCCCUGAAGGUGCUCCUCAGAACUUCCGAGUACAGAUCUUUAUUAAUGGCUGGCAGUUCGGGAAAUAUGUUAACAACCUUGGCCCUCAAGCCCGAUUUAUACUUCCAGAGGGUAUACUCAACUACGAUGGGCCAAACUACUUGGCGCUAACACUCUGGUCUCAAGAUAUUUCCGGUGCCACAAUCAAAGACUUAGCGCUUGAAGUAGAUGCAGUCAUUCAGAGUGGCUAUAGUAGGCCGAGUUUGGUGAAUGGGACAUCCUACUCUCCCAGGGAUGCUGUUUGA